CUUGCAUCUCACCUGCCCACCUACUCUCCCCUCUCCCCUCCUCUCUCGCGUCGCGGAGAUGAGUUCGAGUUCUCCUCUGCCUCGCCUCCUCCUGCUGCUGCUGCUGCUGGUCGCCGGGCCCUCGGCGGCGGCGGCGGCGGAGGGGGUCAUCCGGCUGCCGAGCGGGCGGGCCUGCGCGGCGCCGCCGGACCCGGCGGCGUACGGCCGCCCGGUGAUCGGCGUCGUGUCGCAUCCGGGGGACGGCGCGGGCGGGAGGAUCAGCAACGGCACGGCGACGUCCUACAUCGCCGCGUCCUACGUCAAGUUCGUCGAGUCCGCCGGGGCGCGCGUCGUCCCGCUCGUCUACAACGAGCCCGAGGAGCGGCUCCUCGAGAAACUGAAUUUGGUUAAUGGCGUGCUGUUUACUGGUGGGUCAGUGAAGAGUGGUCCAUAUUUUGAGACCAUAAAAAAGGUGUUUCAGUAUGUCUUGGACAAGAAUGAUGCAGGGAUUCCAUUUCCACUGUUUGCACAGUGCCUUGGUUUUGAGCUUGUAAGCAUGAUCAUCAGCAAGGACAAUAAUAUCUUGGAGACAUUCAGUGCCGAAAAUCAAGCAUCUACUCUUCAGUUUCCCAAUUACUCUUCACUUGAGGGAUCAGUAUUUGAAAGAUUUGAUCCUGAUCUCAUCAAGAAACUCAGCACCAGUUGUCUUGUGAUGCAAAACCACAGAUAUGGUAUAUCACCCAAGACAUUGAGAGAGAAUGCUGCCUUAUCAAGUUUCUUCAAGAUUCUGACUACAUCACCAGAUGAAAAUGGCGAGGUCUAUGUCUCAACCGUGCAAGCAAACAAAUAUCCAAUCACAUGCACUCAGUGGCAUCCUGAGAAAGCUAUUUUUGAGUUUGGUAAACCGAUGAUUCCACACAGUGAGGAUGCUGUCCAAGUGACACAAAAUUUUGCCAACUAUUUUAUCAGCCAAGCCCGCAAGUCCCCUAACAGGCCUCCCGCUGACAAGGUGCUGGACAAUCUGAUUUACAACUACAGUCCUACGUUUACUGGGAAAAAAUCGAAAUCAUUCGACGAGGUCUACAUCUUCUCCUAACGGCCGACCUGAUGAUUGCAAGUCUUAGCUAUUGUAUUGUACAUGGUGUAUCAAUGGGCAUACAAAGUUCUUCACUUUGUAUGCCCAUUGUGUAUCAAUUGUGUCGUACUGGCUCUGUAAUUUAUCAGAUGAAUCCAGGAGCAUAUUUGGCUCCGUACCGUGGACAAAACAACCAUGGUCGCUGCCAUCCAAAUAUUUUGAACUGCUCGACUUUUUGUCUA